AUUCGUGACGUUUGAAGUGUUUAGUAGUUAAAAGAGUCUGUACAGAGAAUUUUGGGAUGGCAUUUCUCAGGUCCUUGACAACAGCGUCAAUCCUCCCUUCUGCAGCGCUCGCAUUCGUUUCUUCUUCUUCUUCUUCAUCAUCCCAACCCUCCAAACCUCACUUUCCCAUUCUACCCUUCUCUUCCUUCCCAUCAAAACCCAGACCGGAUCGCUCCUCCUCCCCUCUCGUCAGAAACUUCACCCCUCUACACUCCGCCCUUCACAUGGAUUCCCUGGCAACCACCGAGCAGAAAAAUGAGGUUCUACCGGAGCUGCUGUAUGGAUUUCAGACAGAAUUCAUGGUGGAUAUGAAAUGCGAUGGUUGUGUUUCAGCCGUCAAGAAUAAAUUGCAGACGAUUGAUGGAGUCAAAGGAGUUGAUGUAGACUUGACUAAUCAAGUAGUAAGAGUGCUUGGGUCUUUACCUGUGAAGACCAUGGUUGAUGCUUUGGAACAGACGGGUCGAAAAACUCGUUUGAUUGGUCAAGGGAUCCCCGAAGCUUUUUUAGUUUCGGCUGCUGUUGCUGAGUUCAAAGGUCCAGUUAUCUUUGGUGUCGUUCGCUUGGCUCAAGUGAAUAUGGAAUUGGCGAGAGUAGAGGCCAGCUUCAGUGGUUUGUCACCUGGUAAACAUGGUUGGACUAUAAAUGAAUUUGGAGAUCUCACAAAAGGAGCAGCAAGCACUGGAAAAGUGUUCAACCCAAACAAUCAAGCAGCUUUGGAAGAGCCACUCGGCGACCUGGGAACGCUCGAUGCACAGGAGUCUGGUGAAGCCUUCUUUUCGGGUUCUAAAAAGAUGCUGAGAGUUGCAGAUCUAAUUGGCCGAUCCAUCGUGGUGUAUGAAACUGAAGACAAAUCAGACACAGGCAUUGCUGCUGCAGUCAUUGCUAGAAGUGCAGGUGUUGGUGAAAACUACAAAAAGAUCUGUACAUGUGACGGCGUUACCAUAUGGGAAUCGAGUAACAAUGAUUUUGCAACGAGCAAGGCUUGAGUAUCCUAUGUAUAUUAGAUAUGCUUGAGCAGCAUUAGAUCAUGUGAAAAAAAAAAAAACAGAUGAAAAAACAGCAUUCCAUGUAAUAAAACGAUCUGAGAAAGUCACAGUACUUUUAGGAAACAUUGUUUAUUGUGGCUGAAACAUUUCAAGUUCAAACCAGCUUGGUUUUCUAUCAAAACAUGAGGGAACGGUUUUAUA